AUGUGGGCUGAGGUAGCUGAUACAUCAGAUUUUCAGCAAACAAUAUGGCCUCGAGCUGCAACAGCAGCAGAGCGUUUGUGGAGUCCGAUACAAUUUACUACAGGCAGAAAUGGUGACUUGACUCCAUUGUCGCGACUGCAAUACUUCAGAUGUCUGUUGAAUAGAAGAGGGGUUCCAGCUGCUCCUGUCACGAAUUCUUAUGCUAGAACUCCUCCUGCUGGACCAGGUUCAUGCUUUGAGCAAUAA